GAUGACCGAUUAGAAAGCAAAGUCUUCUCUUUCUUUGAGUUGAGACUCAAAAAGAUCUUUUACCCCUCUCCACUCUUAUCUCGUUGAUCACUUGCACCUCCUCAAGCCUCAAAGUAGCACCAUCACUUCCAUUUCAUUCUACAGUGAUCCUCUGAAGAAGCUUAAAUCAUCAUGGACUUCGACUUCAGGGCUAGUUUUCAUUCUGUCAAGCACCUCUCUGCUGUUCAAGCUGCUACACUUCACUCUGAUAAUAACUAUUCAGGGAUCCAUUACACGGAAGUGGAAAAUGAUGGCCGGUCUGAUUUCCGAUGUCCUUUUUGUGAUUUUGAAAUUGAUGUUCCUAUGCUCUGCAGCAAUUUUGAAGAGGAGCAUUGCUCUUCCCUAAAAGAUGUGGUUUGUCCUGUGUGUGAAGAAAAUUUAGGGAAGGAAACAAUCAUGCAAUUUAUGCAUUCUAGCUCUCGGAAGUGGGCGUGGAAGCCUGAGAAAUCUAGCAUGUGCUCUGGUUAUUCAGCAAUGCUUGGCAAGAAACUGGCUUCCAGGGGAAACAAACAAGAAUCAAAACCUGACCCACUUUUGUCAUCGUUUGUAUGCACCAUGCCUGUUCCAAACCUUAACAAUAUUAAUACAGGUGAAGACUCCAGCUCCAGCAACAAGGAUAUAUACAUUCCUGAUGCAAAAAGGUCUGGCACAGAUGCACAAGAUAUGGGGGAUGAGGAGGACCAACAAGAGAAAAGGUUGAGAGCAGCUUUUGUUCAACAGUUAGUAUUAUCAACAAUAUUUGAGUAAAUAUGUUGGUAGAAUUUAAAGCCACACAAGUCAUGGAUUGGUAGCAGAUAGCCUCUGACGCUGAUUCAACAGGCACUGGGUUUUAUUGUUGUGCUGUACGAGUUUAGGAAAUGUGAAAAUAGUCUAUAAGUGAGGCUAUGUGUAUUUAAUUUGAACAUACUUCAUCUUUCAAUUAAUGUCUGUUCUUUGGUACUCUUUAUAGAAAUUCGUAAAUCUGCUUUCCCACGUCAUUUUCAUCGUUCACGAAUCACAUCUUAUCGUCCCUGGGAGAGCGACUGAUAUUGGUAUCUAUGAUUACGAAUCUCAUUUUAGUUAUCUCCUAGUUGGGGGUUAAUAUGGAAUGGAAAAAGGGUUACACUGAUGCACCCAAAUCAUGUCACUGUAUUUGUAUAACGUUAAGUUGAUUAUAUCCAUCCUAUCAAUUCGAGUUUCUGAAAUAACCAUGGAUUUAAG